AUGUCUGUAAAGUGGCGCACGGAGCCUCUUCUGGUCGAGGUGGUGUCUAAUGAAACCGAUGCUGCAACCAAGGACGAAGAGACCAUUGAGAGUCCCGAUCUUGAUGCAUUCGUCGGCUGCUUUGGGGGUAAAGGCACCACUGUCGUGCAGGAGGUUGACAAAGCAGACAGCGACGCAACCGUCGACGUCGACGAUGAGCUAGGGGGUGUUAGUUUUGGUUUUGUGAGGAAUGGGGGGACGUAUGGUAUGUUUCUUGCGUGCGAUUACUUUCUCAAUGGCAAGCCCGUAGUCAUGAAGCGAGUGGCUUGGGAAGUUCUUCCUCACGUAUCCCUUGAUGAGCUCGACACGGAGUUGUUCACCGAUUUGAUCUUGUGGCCAAUACCAGGGACUGUUGUGCGCGUCAGUCAGUCUCGAGUUUACAACGCAUUUCAAAAGAACCGGACAAAAAGAGAGAAACACUCAAUGAGCUUAUUCACCUUCCUAGAAUUAUUCACAAACUCCCUGGGCGUCAGCUCCAUGUCCCUAGCCCCACUGAACACACUGAUAGCCUCAUCAAGCGCCUCACCGAUCCAACCUCCAAUGGUCAACAAACCAGCGCCCAUCUAUAAUCUAUGGGAAUCACAGAUAGCUCGAGUUCUUUAG